AUGGCGUGGCUAAAACAACGUAGUUUUGGCCCAAAUAACCAGAUCUGGCCCGCAGCGGCGGGGACGACGACGCGUAGUCCUGCUGCGGCGUCUGGCGGAGGCAGCGGCGGCGGCGGCGGAGGGCGUGCGGGGAGAGGGGUCGGGGAUGGUGCUGCUGCCGUCCGGGCUGCUGUGCCUGUGCGCGGCGUAAGAGCCGAGCCGCCAGGACUGCCCGGCGUGCGGUUCGGCGGUCAUGGCGAGCGUGCCCGUGAGUCGGUCAUCCGAAAGCCAAGAAACAGAAGCGACUCUGAGAUUACUCGUCACAAGAUGAGCCUGGCGUCGCCGUUUCUGGGGCACGAUGUCGCGUUCGAGAUCCAACGGCACCAAUUGGAGAUCGACCGUUUGAUUUCCCAACAUACACAGAUGUUGAUGUUGGAAGUAGAAGUGAGAGUGAAGCAGCAAUACGAAGCGCUGCUCUUGUCGAUCCACGACUCGGUCGCCAGAAAACUCAAGGAAAAAGACACAGAAAUCCGGAAAAUCUGGAAAUCGAAUUUGCUGCUCCAAGAAAAAGUGAAGUUCCUGGCGGCGGAGAACCAGAUCUGGCGGGGCCUCGCCCAGACCAACGAGGCCGCCGCCAACUCCCUCCGCUCCGACCUCGAGCACGCCCUCGCCCGCGGCGGCGGCGGGGUCGACGACGCGGAGUCCUGCUGCGGGAGCAACGAUCCCGGGAGGGCGGGAGCGGACUGCGGCGAUGCGGCGGCGGAAUCGGGGAGGGGGUGGCGGUGGUGCGGGGCGUUCGGGCAGAGGGAGUCGCGGGUGGUGCUGCUGCCGUGCAGGCACCUGUGCCUGUGCGUGGCGUGCGGGCCCAGCCACCGCGACUGUCCGGCGUGCGGCUCCGGGGUCACGGCGAGCGUGCACGCGAAUCUGUCGUCGUCGUCGUCGUCGUCGUAACGGUCGGAAGCGGCCUGGGCUGGAAAGGUGAAAAGGAGAGAAAUUAGGGGCGAAAAGGGGAAAAAGGAAAGAAUAAGGGGGAGGAAAGAAAAUAGUUUUUUUUUUUUUUUUGGAUAAGGUGAUUCUUUGAUAUCUUUUUAGUUGGAGAGUAAUGGGGAAAGCCAUCGAGAGGGAUGCUUU